GCAGGCCAAGAGUUAACAGCUGCACCUGUUGAGGUAUACCUGCUGUCGCCGGCACCUGUACCUGUAGCCAAUCAGCGCCAGCACUGCCGGGAACCUACCUGUCAGCAGAAUCCCCACACUGAAACCUCAACAUAAAUCAAACAGUUCCCUGGGCAGGGAAUGUCUGUGUCAGGCGAGAAUUAGAGACGAGCGGUCAGCAGAGCCUCGGUGCCCGGUGCCGAUCCAUCGUUCCAGCCUGGGAGCCUGGGAGCAGGAAGAUGUCGAAUGAACUUGAUUUCAGAUCUGUUCGGCUGCUAAAGAAUGACCCGGUUAACUUCCAGAAGUUCCCCUACACUAACGAGGAUGAGGCCUGGAAGACCUACCUUGAAAACCCUCUGACGGCGGCCACGAAGGCCAUGAUGAGAGUCAACGGCGACGACGACAGCGUUGCGGCCCUGAGCUUCCUCUAUGACUACUACAUGGGCCCCAAGGAGAAGCGGCUACUGUCCUCCAGCACUGGGGGCCGGAAUGACCAAAGCAAGAGGUACUACCAUGGCAUGGAGUAUGAGAUGGACCUCACCCCCCUUGAAAGUCCAACGCACCUCAUGAAAUUCCUGACAGAGAAUGUGUCUGGAACCCCGGAGUACCCAGAUGUGCUCAAGAAGAAUAACCUAAUGAGCGUGGAGGGGGCUGCACCCACGCCGGGCAAGGCAGCUCUCCUCCCCGCAGGCCCCAGCAAGCUGGAAACCGGCUCUGUGGACAGCUACCUGCUGCCCACCAGCGAUGUAUAUGAUAAUGGCUCCCUCAGCUCCUUGUUUGAGAACAUUCACGGGGUGCCUCCCACACAGCGCUGGCAGCCUGACAGCACCUUCAAAGAUGACCCACAGGAGUCUCUACUCUUCCCAGAUAUCCUGAAAACAUCCCCAGAACCCCCGGGUCCAGAGGACUAUCCCAAGAGUGACUUUGAGUACACCCUGGGCUCCCCCAAAGCCAUCCACAUCAAAUCGGGCGAGUCGCCCAUGGCCUACCUCAACAAGGGCCAGUUCUACCCCGUCACCCUGCGGACGCCAGCGGGCGGCAAAGGCCUUGGCUUGUCCUCCAACAAGGUCAAGAGCGUGGUGAUGGUGGUCUUCGACAACGAGAAGGGCCCCGUCGAGCAGCUGCGCUUCUGGAAACACUGGCAUUCGCGGCAGCCCACCGCCAAGCAGCGGGUCAUCGAUGUGGCUGACUGCAAAGAAAACUUCAACACUGUCCAGCACAUUGAGGAGGUGGCGUAUAAUGCACUGUCCUUCAUGUGGAAUGUCCAUGAGGAGGCCAAGGUGUUUGUCGGCGUCAACUGCCUCAGCACAGACUUCUCCUCACAGAAGGGGGUGAAGGGAGUCCCCUUGAACCUGCAGAUCGACACCUACGACUGCGGCUCCCCCAGCGAGCGCCUGGUGCACCGUGCUGUCUGCCAGAUCAAGAUCUUUUGUGACAAGGGAGCAGAAAGGAAGAUGCGGGAUGAUGAGCGGAAGCAGUUCCGGAGGAAGGUCAAGUGCCCCGACUCCAGCAACAGUGGCAUCAAGGGCUCCCUGCUAGCUGGCUUCAGGGGCAAUGAGACCACCUACCUGCGGCCUGAGGCGGACCUGGAGACCCCGCCGGUGCUGUUCAUCCCCAACGUUCACUUCUCCAGCCUGCAGCGUCCUGGAGGGGCAGUGCUCUCAGCGGGACACAGCAGCUCCAACAGGCUGUCUCUGAAGCGCACCUGCUCGCCCUUCACCGAGGAGUUUGAGCCUCUGCCCUCCAAACAGGCCAAGGAAGAUGAUCUGCAGAGAGUUCUGCUGUACGUGCGGAGGGAGACUGAGGAGGUAUUUGACGCCCUCAUGUUGAAAACCCCGGACCUGAAGGGGCUGAGGAGUGCGAUCUCUGAGAAGUAUGGGUUCCCUGAAGAGAAUAUUUACAAAGUUUACAAGAAAUGCAAGCGAGGAAUCCUGGUCAACAUGGACAACAACAUCAUCCGGCAUUACAGCAACCAUGUCGCCUUCCUGCUGGACAUGGGGGAGCUCGACGGCAAGAUUCAGAUCAUCCUUAAGGAGCUGUGAGGCCUGAGCGUCCACACCCACAGGCCUCUUGACGUGGGCUCCAGGUUGGGGGAGCCAGCUGGGCGGUGGCCCUGAGCCACACACGACCUCUCCUCAGGCCCCAGCACCGCUAAACUUGAAUGUCUUCCCUGAGUGAAGAGGCCCUCGACCCAUAGGCAUCAAGGCCCGGAGGGGCCCCGGGAGGUGUCCUGAUCUAAAGCUCCACCUCGUGCUUGAAUCUACUCUCUGCGCUUCCGGGCAGAUGACGCCGUGUCUGUUAACCAGCCCAGCGGCCUGUUUGCUCCUCCUCAGACCUUCUUCCCCAGCCCGUCUCCCUCAGGCUGCCCGUUCAGGCUGGGGACGCCAGCCCUGUCUCCCCAAGCCGACUUGACCCUUGGACCCAUUCUUGACUCUUCCGUCAACUUCAGACCAAUGACUUCUCACCCUUUGGUCACUGAGUUAACUGUCUAACACUUGAUUUUCCAGUGCAAAUGACUUUUAAAAAGACAGUGUAGUGGACACACUCUCCACACAGACUUAACUUCCUCCACACAGGUUGGAAAUCAGAGCUGAUCGACUGGAACAAAGCAGCCCCUGUGUGGGGCAGCCUCCAUCCCCACUCACUGUUGUAGACAUUUCUUAUUUACCAUUUUCAUUUAUGUUAUAUAUAUAUAAGUAUAUAUUGUAUAUAUAAGCAACAUUUUAUAUUUUUCAUGGAUACAUUUUUAUCAUUUCAAAAAAUGUGUGUUUCACAUUUCUUGGAUUAUUUUUUUAGCUGUUACUCAGUUAUGCGUUUUGUAUACUCAUAUGCUAGUUAGUAAUAAAAGUCUCCACAUGUCUUACUUCAGAUGUCACACUGGCCCCUCUUGUGAGAGUCUUCCGGAAGCAGAGGGUGAAAGUAAACAGGAACUCUCUCCUGCCCUGUCCUGUGAGCAGUUUCCUUGGACUUAAAGGACGGUGGUCAGUGCUGCAUCCCGGCGAACCAGAGGUGCCACCCUGCAAGGCCAAGGCUCCUGAUUCCCAUCAUGGGCCCUGUGAGGCCUGACCCGUCUGGCCCCACAGGCGGACGUCACCACCUCAGGGUCACUGACUCUGGAGAUGAAAGAGGCCUAGGAUGCCCUCGGGGCAGUGGACAGAGCCCAGGGCAGAGAGUCGUGGCCCCAAGCUCUCCACCAACUCGCUUUUCCUGGAGCCGGCUCCUACCUGCUCACAGACUGGAUCGUGAGCUCCCCCCAGCUCUGCAGUCAGUGACUCAGUAGGCUGGAGAGUGUUUACACCCCAGGAAUUGACAGGUGCUACAAAUCAGGCUUCAUUUCCCCUGGAGAACGGGACAGAUCAGAGCAUCCUUCUUUCCUCCCGCCGUUCCUUCCUUCCGGCUAACCCACACACUCCCCGUCUAGUCCUCAACUUCAUCGGCUAUGAAACGACAGGCAUGUUCUACCUGAGUCACCAGGUAGCUGCCAUCUUUAGAGCCCUGGGGCUCACUGGUGGGUCUCAAACUCCCCACAAUGUGGGGCAUGGGACAGCAGGCAGUCCUUGGGUGUCCUCCCCAGACUUCAGUCGCAGCUGCUCUGCUUUUCUUCAUGUGCACAAUAGAGUUCUUAUAUUAACUUUGGUCUGAACUAAACUUAAAAAGUUUGAAAACCAUGGAUGUCUCUCCAAGGGCCUUCCAGCUCUGACAGCCAAUCCAGAGACCUAAUUCCCAAAGCCCUGGGGCCAGGACUCAGGUCAGGCCAGGGAGGCCCAGCCCUAGCCAAAGAGCUCAGUAAUCAAGCUACAUCAUUGUCCAAUGCAAUGCUUUUGAAAUUAAGGCCAAAAAAGAUAAAAUAUCAGAACUUUGAAGGGAGUGUCAGUAUGCAGAUGUUUUCCUUUGGCCUCAGGCUCCAGCACCGUUUCCCCAGCACUGGAAGGGACUCCGCGAAGCACCCAGGCUGCUCAGUCCACUCCAGGCCUCGCUGCUGCCGCGACAUCACCGUGAAGGCAAAAGCGCAGGGUGUGUGGAGUGUCAGCACGCUGACAGGCCAGAGGCGCUCAGCAUCUUUCCUUUCCUUCUGGAACCACCGGAAGCAGGAAGGUGGUCUUCUCAACCUUGACUGCACCUUGGAAUUCAUCACCCCGGCAGUUUUUAUCCCUGCUGCCCAGAUCACACCCUACAGCAACUAUAUCAGAUUUUCCGGGAUUGGGGCCAGACUUCAGUACCUUUAAAGUACCCACCCCCCAUCCCCCGAUACCACACUGUGCACUCAAGGUUGAGAACCACUGCUUUAAAGAGGUUUAGAGCAGUGGUUACCCCGGCCUUGAGCGCACAUUGCGGUAUCAGUGCUUAUACAGACCUCGCCACCUCUGAAACCUGCCAGGGUCUGGAAGGGACUCAGGCACACAGGGAACCAUGGGGGCCAGGGCACAGCCUGCUGCUGAGCUCAGGAGUGGGUCCCGGGGCUCCCCAUAUAUGCCCUUCACUGCCUCCAGCAAAACCUCUGAGGCCCACUGCUCGCCCCUCCACACGGAGAGACAAGGCAGUCAGUGCCUUAGGAAGGCUGUUGGGAGCUCAAAGAAAGAGAACCCUGGAAGCCUUGAGGAAAUGCUGCCCUGCCCUCAGAGAACAGCAGGGAGCAAAGGGCAGCUCCUGAGCCCGACAGCGGCCAUUCGGGGUUUGCCUUUCCUUCAAAGAGUGGAAAAGGCAAGAGGAUGAAGGUAAGCCCUCGCCAAAGAUGGGUCACUGUCUAAAGCCAGCUGGUAGGGAUGCCAUCCUCUGCCUGUAGGAAGCUUCACGUGGUAGAUAAUGAGUGAGCAAGGGGAGAGAGGGAUGGGUGGGGGCCUCAGGAGAGAGGGAAUGAAGGAGUAGUGAGGAGGUGAGGAGAAGGAAGGAGCGAGGGAGGGGAGGACAAGUAGGCUGGCAGGCAGAUGGAUGAACGCAUGGAGGGCCAGACGGAGAGUUCGACAGUUGAGUAUUCACUGCACCUUUGGGCUCCCCUGGGGGCUCAGUCAGUAAAGAGCCCGUCUGCAAUGCGGGAGACCUGGGUUG